AAUAAUACCUUAGGUACCUACGGAUUAAAUAGUCGCUAAACUAGAGAGAACAAAGAGCAUCUACAAAAUCCAAACUACCUAGAAAAUGCCCCCGCAACUCAUCUUCGGCACCGCCGGCUUCGGCAUGGACAAGACGGAGUUCCACGACGCAGAAUCCGUCAAGGCCACGCUCGCUACGGUCCGGAGCGUCGGGAUCCAGCGCCUAGACACAGCAGCGCGGUACCCGCCGCUAAACCCGGGGCGGUCGGAGGAACUCCUCGGCGAAGCGCGGGACUCAAGCCGCGACUUCGCCAUCGAUACCAAGGUUUACACGGACACGCGGACGGACGGCGGCGGAGACCUGACCCGAGAGGCUAUCGGAAAGUCGGUCGAUGCCAGCUUGCAGAGGCUGAAGAUGGACACGGACAAGGGAGAGAGUAUUAAUGUACUGCAUGUGCACCGCGCGGACCCAGCAACGCCGCUGGAGGAGCAGAUUAAGGCGUUUAACGAGCAGAUCGAGUUAGGACAUUGCAAGGCCUGGGGCCUAUCCAACGUCUCCCCCUCCACCCUCUCGCAAAUCCUCUCCCUCUGCGACGAGCACAACUGGCGCAAACCAGCCUGCUACCAAGGAGAAUACAGCCUAAUCUCCCGCGGCGCCGAGACCAAGCUGCUGCCCAUCCUGCGCGCCCACGGGGUGCGCUUCAACGCCUUCCGCUCCGCGGCCUCGGGCCUGCUAACCGGCAACGCGGUGCGCGGACGCGCGCAAGGCACGCGCUUCGCGCCCGACAACCCGCUAGGCGGCGCCAUGCAGCGCGUCUUCGGGGCGCCCGAUCUGCAGGACGCGGUGCGCGAGUUCGACGCCGCGGUUCGCGCCAAGGGCCUGACGCCCCUGGAAGUCGCGAUUCGCUGGGCCGUGCACCAUUCCGCGCUAGGGGAGGAGGACGGCGUGGUAUUGGGGGCGAGCCGGACGGCGCAGGUCGUUGAGACGGUCGAGUUUGCGCGGAAGGGCCCGUUGGCGGAUGAUUUGGUGAGGUUGGCGGAGGAGCUGUGGGAUGCGGUGAAAGAGACUAGGGGGGACAUCAUUUAAGUGAUUGAUAAAUACCAGAAAUGGGGGUUAUAUAAAAUAAAAUAAAAAUAAAAAUAAACGUUUGAAUUCGUUAUUGACUGGCUUAGUCGGUUGCAUCCUGGUUGAAUAGGAUCGCAUACGACCAGCUGGUUCUACAAGAAAUACCCAAUACCAA